GAAGCAUGACUAUGGCUGAUGGGUCCGUGAACCCAAUAAAUUGGGCCGUGGUCUUCCUGAAAGAGACAAGCAGCGACGUUGUAUUAAAUUGUAGCAAACAAGUUGGAGCCCAAAUCAAUGAACCAGAAAUAACAGCGGCGUGAGAUGCGAUCGGCGGUCCAGGUUCCUAGCCUGUUUCUGCUGCUGCUUCUCUGCCUGCUACUCGAGGAAUGUCACAAUCACAGUGGCAAUGGGAAAACGCAACCGCCGGUGCGGUGGCUGGUUUCGCCACUGUCGCCGCGAUGUACCCUUUGGACAUCGUUCGUACGAGAUUCCAAGUUAACGAUGGUCGAGCCACCAAUUACCCGACUUACAAGAACACCGCCCACGCCAUUUUUACCAUUACUCGCUUAGAGGGUUUGAAAGGGCUUUAUUCAGGCUUCUUUCCUGCAGUGUUGGGGUCCACUGUUUCAUGGGGUUUAUAUUUUUUCUUCUAUGGCAGAGCUAAGCAAAGGUACUCUAAAAACAGAGAGGAGAAGCUGAGCCCUGCUCUUCAUCUUGCUUCUGCUGCAGAAGCUGGAGCUUUGGUUUCAUUGUGCACGAAUCCUAUUUGGCUAAUAAAAACAAGAAUGCAACUUCAGACUCCUCUUCAUCAAAGUCGACCUUAUUCUGGCGUUUAUGAUGCCUUAAGAACUAUACUGAGAGAGGAAGGGUGGACUGCACUCUAUAAAGGACUUGGUCCUGGUCUGUUGAUGCAGGUUUCUCACGGAGCUAUUCAGUUCACAACAUAUGAGGAACUUCGAAGGAUAAUGGUUGAUUAUAAAGAGAGCAAAAGGAAGUCUGAAAGUGACAGUAAUUUGUUGAAUUCAUUUGAUUAUGCUGUUCUGGGGGGUUCCUCUAAAAUUGCUGCCAUUCUACUUACAUAUCCAUUUCAGGUUAUUCGAACUCGAUCACAGCAACGACCUAGUAUUGAGGGAAUUCCAAGAUAUAUGAGUAGUUGGCAUGUUGUGAAGGAAACAGCACGGUUUGAGGGUUUGCAUGGAUUUUACAAGGGCAUCACACCAAACCUUCUGAAAAAUGUUCCUGCUUCUUCAAUAACAUUUAUUGUUUAUGAGAAUGUACUCAAAUUGUUAAGAUGGAUGAGAAGGAAUGAUUGAAAAAGACAUUUGUUCUGUCCUUAGUUUCCUUUACAGUUUUCUAUUGCUCACCGUUAACAAUGAUGUACACGAGAUUGAUAAGUAGAAGGAAAAGUAUGUCAUUCAUGUGAGUCUCAUUGUACUAUGUGAAGAUUAUCCCAUUUCUGUUUUCUUCU